AUGACCAUGAAACUUAGAGAAGUAGCUGCUUCUAAUCAAAAGUUUGCUGAAAUCGCAGCUCCCAAUCCUGUUGGAGUAUUUAUCGGAGGUACAAGUGGAUUGGGAGAAUAUACAGCCUACAAUUUUGCAAAGUAUGCAAAGUCACCUAAAGUGUAUGUUGUUGGUCGCAGUGCUGAAGCUGGAGCUAAAGUUGUUGCACAGAUUGAAAGCAUCAACCCUGAAGCCAACGCUCAGUUUGUAACGUGCGACAUAACACUCAUCAAAGAGGUUGAUAAGCUUUGCGAUACAUUGCUUGCCAAUGAGUCAACUAUAAACCUUUUGUAUUUAUCAGCUGGAUUUGUCUCUCUUAAAGGAUUUUCUCCUAGUUCUGAGGGAAUUGAUAAAAAGCUUGCAGUUAAUUACUAUGGACGCUGGAGAUUUGUUGACAGACUUAUUCCCUUACUUCAAGCUGCUGCACAACAAGAUGAUGUUGCAGCCGUAUCAGCUGCUACUGAUGGUGACUACCACCCCAUAAAUGCUCGUGUUAUUUCCGUUUUGCAGCCUGGAAACGAGGGCCCUAUUGAACUUGACAACUUAGGGCUUACUAGAAAAUUUUCACUUGCGAGGGCCAACAGACAAAUAAUCGAAUUUAACUCUCUAGCUGUCAUGCGAUUUGGACGGUUGUAUCCCGACAUUGGCUUUGUGCAUGCUGGCCCUGGAUUUGUAAAGACUGGAAUUGCCAGAAAUUUGCCUUUUUGGGCUCGUUUGCCAUCAAAAUUUGCAAUGUUGUUUGUUAAUACUGUCCAAAACGCAACUGAACGGCUUUACUAUGUGGCAUCGGCCCCACGUUUUCGUAAGGGUGCUUAUUUAGUUGAUGGAAACCAUAAAUCUGUUAAAGAAAGGGCUCAAAAAAGAGGUUACUUGACUGAAGAUUUACAAGAAAAGGUAUGGCAGCAUUCUGAAGACAUUUUUGCUAGAGCGAUCCGACAAAAUAAUUCUCAUUCAGAAGAUUGCGACAAUGGAUUUGUAUCUACAGAACAUACUGAAGUUGAAGAAGCCAAUUAUCAUUACGAAGUCCCUCCUUCAGAAGCUUUCCCUGGUUUGAAUGAUCACACACCAUCCAGAGGAAUUAUUCAAGAAUUUCAAGAAGAGGUAACUUCUGUUCCAAGUGCUGCCGAAGUAAAACUCCCUGAUGUUGAAGUUUCUGAAGUUGGCAGCUCACAAAAUGUUUAA